UCACGCCUCACGUCACAUGUUGUGUAAAGAUGGCUGACACUGUCACCAAGUCAGAUCCGCUGGGAAGUUUCUGGCUUUUAUGUCCAAUGUUUCAUUUUAAAAACCUCCGGAAAUUAACAUGUUUGUUUGUUAGCGUUUGUAUUUUAAUAAGUCCGUCGCUGGCAGACGAACAGGACUUUAUGGAAGACUUUAUGAAGCGGGAAUAUUCUCUGGCAAAGCCGUACCAUGGCUUGGGGUUCUCCAGCUCCUCCCAGUGGGAUCUGAUGGGCACUGCCAUGGUUACCCCGGAGCACGUGAGGCUGACCCCUGACAUGCAGAGCAGACAGGGAGCCGUUUGGAGUCGAGUUCCUUUGUUGGUGCGGGAUUGGGAGCUUAGGGUGCACUUUAAAAUCCACGGCGUGGGAAAGAAGAACUUCAAUGGGGAUGGCAUGGCUAUCUGGCUAACCAAAGACCGCAUGCAGAAUGGUAGGAAGGCACUGGAUCACUCUACAGGGGGCAUGUCCCUAGGUAUCCACUGUGACUGUCACUUUGUCACACCCAAUGCUGACAAGAGCCAUGAUAGGGCUUUCCCAUACGUCUCAGUGAUGCUGGGGAACGGGACUCUGUCAUAUGACCACGAUUCUGAUGGACGGCCCACUGAGCUCGGAGGAUGUACAGCUAUGGCGCGCAACGCAGUCCACGACACCUUUCUCCUCGUCAGAUACUCCAAACAGCGCCUGACGCUGCUGGUAGACGUUGACGGUAAGCAGGAAUGGAAAGACUGUGCUGACAUCACAGGCCUGUGGCUGCCUGCCGGCUACUUCCUGGGUGCGUCCUCGGCCACCGGAGACCUGUCAGAUAACCAUGACAUCAUCUCCAUCAAGCUGUACCAGCUGACAGUAGAGAGGACGCCUGAGGACGGGGACCAGGACCAGGACGAGGUCACUGUCCCCAGAGUGGACAACAUGGAGCAGUUCCAUGUGGAGGUCCAGGAGGAAGGGAUGAGCGGAGUGCAGUUCUUCUUCACCCUGGUCUUCUCCAUCCUGGGCCUGGCUGUGCUGGCCGUGGUAGGCCUGGUCCUUUACGGCCGCUGGAAGGAAAACAGACGCAAACGCUUCUAUUGAUCAGAAAAACCUUCAGAAUGUAUGUUUCCUAAUCAACGUAUACCACUCAGUGCAAAGACUGCCACAGCUUACUGAAGCAUACAGAGAAGUGACCAACCGGAUGGGUCUGGAGCCCAGAGCCAAGAGAACACAAAGAGCCAGCGGCCACAUAUUCUUUUUUGUCUGCGUUAUGGAAGAUUAAUGAGAUAAAGCUGCUUUAGUGGAAAGCCUUCUGUUGAAACUGGAUCAUGUGAAUGGCACUGCAACACGUGCACUAACUGAGACACUGUAGAUUUAACAUAUGAGUUUCACCAGCAGGAAGACAAACCUCAAAAUCCCAGAUGCUGUGUGUAGUUUACUGACAUCAUGUUUAAAUUUUAAUUACCUCUGACUGCCACUUGGUGCUGCCACAGUGCAGCCUUAAUUUGCUGUGGCGACCGAUCAAGCUGUGGAUCAUCAGAGACUUGUUCUUGCUGCACUGAAAAGUCCAAAUGUUUGAGCUGCCAUGUAUUUGAGAUAAAAUAAGCCCGAAAAAAGAAGAUGUAAAUGUAUGAUUAAUGAAAACAUCAUGCUCUAUGCUGUACGUCAAAGAAAGAAUGGGUGUCGAGCUAGGACCAAUAAAGACGGGCCCUGACUCCAUGUUCCA